AUGUCAAGCACAACCAACGAUUCAGAGGCCGGCAAACCAGGAAUCCUAUUCGUGGCGUCAACUGUACUGCAUCCAGACGCUCUCAAACCUUUGGACUUUGUCGAUUGGUAUGAGAAUACUCAUGUUCAAGAGGUACAAUCUACUGGAGGCAUCUCCGGGACACAGCGAUAUGAAAGUCUGAUCUUCCACUCUCGCCACCGAGACCCAACAGCUGCGAGCCUCGAGAACCGACACUGCGAGUCUGACUUCUUGACCAUCUACAAUAUGCCAGACCUGGCUUUCAGAGAGAGCAAGGCGUUCCGUGGUCUGGACGGGCAGUCGAAGCCAAACGAGGAGCUGCUGGAGAAGCUGUUCGAACAGACGGCUUUUGUGACUCGCUUUGCUCAAGAGGUCGACGUCUCCGGAAGCUCCAAGGCUGGCUCAGAUCCCGCUCCCUUCCUUCUUAGUGUAUGCGCUCCAUCGAUAACGGCAGCUGCAAAUGUGUUGGAAAAGUCAUCGACCGGCAAAUCAAGAGCCUUCAGCGUCCGCGAAGGAAGUCUGCUGAGCGAGUUCAAUCGGAGUUGGGAGAAGGUACCGAGUGAUAUUAGGCUCGUGGAGGCCAACGAUAUCUCCCAACUCAAGGAACUACACAAAGGUUUAGAAGGGAUGGAGGGUUUGGAGGUAGGCUUCUGGCGACUGAGAAGGAGUUACGAUGGCAGCGAGAGAACGCCUGCCGGGUGGAAGCCCAAAUAG